CACUUCUCCUCUCCCCUCACUUGGGAUCUCCUUCCAUCGCUCCCAUGACGAUGAGCGCCUCCCGGACGAUGCUGCGGUUCUCCGGCUGCAGCCUCCUGCUGCUCCUCCUCUCCCCGCCUCUGGCCGGCGCCUCGCUGGCCGAGAUGGUGUUCCGCUGCCCGGGCUGCACCGCGGAGCGCCAGGCGCUGUGCCCGCGGAUCGCAGAGACGUGCGCGGAGAUGGUGCGCGAGCCGGGCUGCGGGUGCUGCCCCGCGUGCGCCCGGCAGGAGGGCGAGACGUGCGGCGUGUACACGCCGAGGUGCACAGCCGGUCUGCGGUGCUACCCGACGCCCGACUCGGAGCUGCCGCUGGAGCAGCUGGUGCGCGGCCAGGGCCGGUGCCGGCGCAGAGUGGAGCCCGAGGCUGCCGCCCCCAUCCCGGAGCAGCGCGAGCGCAGCAGCGGAGAGGCUGUGGAGCUGCAGCCAGAUCUGGAUGCGAGUGAGAUCCCCACUAUCCAAAGGCCCACUAAAGACACCACUUGGCUGGGACCCAAAGAGAGUGCUGUACGCCAGCACAGACAGGAGAUGAAGACCAAGAUGAAGACCAACAAGGUAGAAGAGGUGAGACCUACCCGGCCCAAACAGACCCAGUGUCAGCAGGAGCUUGACCAGGUCCUCGAGAGGAUAUCCAAGAUGCCCUUCAGAGAUAACCGAGGUCCCCUGGAAGACCUCUACGCGUUGCACAUCCCCAACUGUGACAAGAGGGGGCAGUAUAACCUCAAACAGUGCAAGAUGUCUCUCCACGGUCAGAGGGGCGAGUGCUGGUGCGUGGACCCUCACACCGGCCGCCGCAUCCCAUCAGCCCCAACCGUGAGAGGUGACCCCAACUGCAGCCAGUACCUCACAGAGCUGGACCUGGUGCUGCCUGACUCGGCCCAGAUUUAACACAAAACUAAAAAAAAAAAAAAAGAAUAAGAAAA